CGCACAUUACCCUCAACUGCGUUGAAAUCACCAUCACGUCCUCAAUGAGAGGUCUACUUGUCUUUUCCUUCCUUCUCCUUUUCCAAUAUGUUCCAAUGGCUGGGGCUGAGGAUGGGCCUUGUGAUCCAGACGUUGAUCCAUUGAAUUGUUUCCUGAACCCGCCUGCCGCGAUAGGGAAGCCUCGAGACUAUGAAAAUAACUCGAGGUAUUAUCGCGGGUCGAUUCUUCAGAUUAUAUACUAUAAUACUAUGAAUUACUCCUACGACAUCAUCAUUUAUCAGGAGGGAACACCACAAGGGGAUACCAUAUUUCAAAAUAUCGAGGACCAAGGCACAAUCCGGAAGAACUGGAAGGUUGACACUCAAGAAGACCUCGCCAGGGGCAAUGUAUUUUUCUUCAGCGUCCUCAAGCGCGACGGGAGCGGCAAUCUUGUUAAUUCAGCAUAUUUCAACAUUUCGGAGCCAGACCCCGAGACCGCAGUUUCAAGUACGGUCUUGACCUCCACUAUGCAGAGCAAUAUGGCAACCGAAGCACCACAGACCCUGAGCCUCAAUACUCAACCCACCACAAUUACCUCGACAACAAUAUCCCGACCGGCAACUACGUCGAGCUUGCCCCUUCUAUCAAGCCAACCUGUCCUAGCGACCGCGACGAAAGUUGGCAUGGGCGUUGGUCUAGGUUUAGGGGUGCCUCUGAUGGGACUGCUGGGCGUGGGCAUCUUCUAUAUGGGCCGUAGGUCGAAACGUCGUGCUAGGGAGACUCAGAAUACGUACCAACAGGGAUAUGGGUAUCCGCCAGUAUAUCAUGAAAGUCGGAGGACACAAUAUCAUAGUGCGUGGGAGAUGCCAGCAGAGGUACCAAUCUCGGAGGCACCACCUAAGAGGUAUACCAUUCAGGAGUUGGAGCAUGUCGAAUGAGUCGUGGGGUAGUUGUCUGAAUAAAGCUUUGACUUCUUGGAUCUAGAGUGGCGAGUCUCGUAAGAGAUAGCAUGGUUGUUCUUCCACCUAUAUCCCAUCAGCUAAAUGUUUGGAGCAACAUGGGAAGUGCUGUACUAAUAGUACUAAAUCUCAGAAUUAUGGCCCGGGCCCGCAUGAACGAAUAAGAGC